AUGCUUCGCCUCUCCAUCGCCGUCCUCACCUCACCUCUCCUACCCACGUCCGUCCCCGCCGUCCGACCCCAUCCGCGUCGCCUACUCCGCCUCCGCGUCCGCUCCCUCGCCGCCGCCUCCUCGCUCUCGCCGUCCGCCCGCAGCCUCCGCCUCCUCGAAUGGGGCAAGGUCUGCGACGCCGUCGCCUUCUUCGCCGGCACUGCCCACGGCCGCAACGCCACAAAGAAACAACUGUGGGAGGUGGAAGAUGUGAGCUAUGAGCAGAGCCAGAGGCUGCUCCACGAGACGGAGGCGGCCGUGUGGUUGCUUGACAACGCUGGUGGGGCGAUGGAUUUCUCGGGGUUGGAUACAGUUGCGAUAGAGUCAGCAAUACAUUGUGUCUCUGGGGGCGCCGUGAUAAAAGGCCUGGAAGCAAUGGCAGUCGCUAGCUUGAUGCUGUUUGUUGAAUCAUUGCAAGUAAAUAUUAAAGCUGCCAUAAAGCUGGAUGAAGGCUCACGUAGUCGAUUAACGACACUUACAGAAACAAUUUUAGAUGCUGUAAUUAACAAGUCACUAGUGAAAUCCAUACAAGAUAUCAUUGACGAUGAUGGCUCUGUUAAAGAUACUGCAUUAUAUCAGCUUAUGGACAAGUUGACGCGCAAUGCUGAUGAUGAAGGUUCCUUGUCGGAAGUAUGCAUUGUAAAUGGAAGAUGCUGCAUUAGAACAACAAUGGAUAAUUCUUCAAUUUUUUAUGGAUUAUUGCUCUCCAGCGGGUCAGAUGCUGGAAGCACGAUAGAACCAAUUGCUGCUGUUCCGUUGAACGAUGAGUUGCAGGAAUCAAGAGCACUAGUGGCUAAAGCUGAACUGGAUGUCUUAUCAAAACUUACUGAUAAGAUUCUUCUUGAUCUUGAUAGCAUCCAGAAUUUGCUUCAGGAAGCAAUUAAACUCGAUAAGGAGAUCCCGAGGAGGAGGAUAUAUGGGCAAGAUAUUGCAGAAGAAGAUCAACUGGCGUCAGACCUUGAUUCCAUGAAACUUGGGGUUUCCCAACUGGAGAAAGACCAGCCAGUACCAGUAGAUUUUAUGAUUGCUGAAGAAACUACUGUCUUGGUCAUAACUGGCCCAAAUACAGGGGGUAAAACAAUCAGCUUGAAGACGGUUGACCUGGCAUCAUUGAUGGCUAAGAUAGGUCGCUCGAAUGCAAUCAAUAUUGCUGAAAGGCUGGGUUUGCCUUUGGAUAUAGUAGAAAGCUCCAGGCGUUUACUUGGAACAGCUGGUGCAGAGAAAAAUGCUUUGAUAAUGGACAUGGAAAGAUUCAAACAAGAAUAUCAACAACACCUUCAGGAGGCACAAUAUCUUCUUAUGCAGUCCAAGGAUCUUCAUAACAACUUGGAACUGGCACAAAAGAACAUUGUAGACCACACUUCUGCUCAGAGAAAACGAAAGGCGAGAGUAAUUUCAGAGUAUGCUGUUAUGGCCCGUUCUAUCAUUCGUAAGAAGUUUCAGCAGUUCCAGGAAUCUGCUAUAGCUGAAAGACUGAAAGAAGAGGAGAAGGCUGUGAAUGAUGCCAAAUCUGACAGAGUGAAGGAUCCUGUGCUGGCAAAUACUUCUGCCAUUGGAAAGACACAGAACAUAGAUACCAACUUGGGCAUGGCAACCAACGAUGACGAAGGUAGGGUUCCAGAAGUUGGAGAUUCAGUCUAUGUUCCUAAGCUCAAGAACGAAGCUACUGUAGUCAAAAUAGAUUCGUCCAAAAAUGAAGUUCAUGUCCAAGCCGGUAUGAUGAAACUCAAACUAGAGCUGAAAGAUGUUAAGGUUCAGAAGCGGAAAUUAUCCAGAUAG